AUGUGUUUGUGUGAGAAAAGACUUGCAAGUUUUGAAUAUGGACGCUAUGGGAAUUACACUACUAUUGUUGCAGAGGAGAAGAUAAGUGCACUGGAAGGGGCUGAAUCUACAAUAUUAAUGGCAUCUGGAAUGUGUGUUAGCACUGUCAUGUUGAUGGCACUCAUCCCAGCUGGGGGACAUUUAAUCACUACCACCGACUGCUAUAGGAAGACUCAGAUAUUCAUCGAGACUGUUCUUCCCAGAAUGGGGAUCACUGUGGCAGUUUUCUUUACAGAGUCCCCUACAAAUCCAUUCCUGAGAUGUGUUGACAUUGAGCUGGUGUCAAAGAUUUGCCAUGAAAAGGGAGCUCUAGUUUGCAUUGAUGGGACCUUUGGAACUCCUCUUAACCAGAAACUCCUCUCACUUGGUGCUGAUAUCAUUCUACACUCUGCAACAAAAUACAUUGGUGGCCACAAUGAUGUUCUUGCAGGAUCUAUCAGUGGCCCUGAGAAAUUGAUUUCUGUUGUUCGUAACUUCCAUCAUAUUCUUGGCGGUGCUCUAAAUCCUAAUGCUGCAUACCUGAUCAUACGAGGCAUGAAGACGCUGCACCUUCGAAUACGGCAACAAAACUCAACAGCACAAAGGAUGGCGGAAAUGUUAGAGCCACAUCCCAAGAUUAGGCGUGUCUAUUAUCCAGGCUUGGCUAGUCAUCCUGAGCAUGACCUUGCCAAGAGGCAAAUGAAAGGUUUUGGUGGCGUGGUUGAUGGGGAUUUGCUGACCACUGCAAAAUUUAUUGAUGCUCUGAAAAUCCCAUACAUAGCCCCUUCCUUCGGAGGCUGUGAAAGCAUUGUUGAUCAACCGGCCAUAAUGUCCUAUUGGACUCUUGCUUUAUGCAAUGAUGUUUGGAUUGAUCUCAAAAAGGCCGUAAAGGCAUAUUGGUAUAUGGAAGAAUGCUUUAAACCCUUCAGCGUAUUUGUAGUAUUUGUAGUUUGGAUCGUUGCCCUGGAUCUUUCGCAGUCUGAAAGGGCCAAAUGUGGUUUUGUGUACUCUUGGAGGUACAAUUUUUUGAGCAAUAGUUUUGAGUUAUCGGUGAGGCUAUUUAUCCAAUCAAUGGUCUCGGAAGCUAAGCGUGUAUGUGUGUUGUUUGCUAUCGAACUUGACCAUUUUGAUGAAGUCGAGCUCGCGAUAGCUUUCUUGGAGAAAUACGAUCGACUGGGCAAACUAAAAAUCUCGACUUGGAUUAAGUUCCGUUCGCGAGACGACGACCCAAUUGGUUUCGAGGUAUGUGGGCGGUUACGUGUGGCUUUCCAAGAUAUCCUCAAUAUGAUUGUCCCCAAGUCAGUUUCGGCUGCACAUCAGCGCGCAUUGUUGCUCGAACAACAGCAAGCCCGAAAGGCGGGUGCAUUGGCUACGUCGUCUAUUAAGGAGCUUCCGGGGACCGUGGUUCCAGCGCCGUCUAGAUCACUUGGCCAGUCCUGGUUUUAG